AGAGGCGCAAGCCGGCUCCACGUGGGUAGAAUGUCGGCGUCCUUGCUGAGGAAGGGCCUGGAGCUGCUGGAGGCGGCGGGGCACCAGCCCGGGCUCCGCAGCCCCCCGCAGCGGCCCUGCAAACGCCUCGGGAGGAGGAAGGCGGCUCGGGGCCCUGGCAGGGACAAGAACACGGUCAAAGGCAAAGUCACUAAGUCGGCGAUAGAGGAGUACCAGAAGCACCAGGCUGUGGAUCAAUUGAAGAAGAACUUGCAGUACAUGACAAAGAGCCGAUUCACUACUGACAAAACCAUCAUGCAGCAGGUUCUCGCCCAGAAUAGGGGCAGAAAAUCUAAAGACCGUCCCCCAGAGAAGCCAAAGAAAAAAUCUGAAGGCACUGUCUUCACGGAGGAAGACUUCCGGAAGUUUGAGCGAGAAUACUUUGGACGAGCUGGAGCAGUGUGAUGAGAACUCUUGCAACUCUGGGCUUUUCACUGUGCAGAGUAUGGGACUGAGCCUGUUCUGUUUGGGUGGAAGAUGGAGGGUGUUUGAAGCUACCUUUUGCCAGCAAAUGUUGAGAUGUCACAUCUGCUGCUAGGCUUUACAUAACUAACACAUUUUAUACAGCUGCUAGCAGGGGAUGGGAUGCUGUAGACUCAAAUGCAGGUAGGGAGAUCAUGUUGUAAGGGUGCAUCAUGUUUCCUCUAUUGCCCACUUCCGGACAGCACCUGAGUCAUGUUCUCUUGGAGCAGAGCAGAUUCUUCACUCAAGCCAGAAGCAGACUGGGCUUCUCUGAGACAAGAUGGAUAGCAGGAUACUAUUUGGCAAACCCAGUCUAAAGUGUCAGGUCUCAACAGGAGAUGAUUUAGAGCUGAAUUGUGGAGCACUUGGGACAAAUGGUCAGAAAAAGGAGGAGGAUGUUCUAGGAAGGGGGAGAUGUGAGGACUAGUCAAACAUCUGUUUAGGUUAUGAUCUCUGAGGCAAAGACCUUGACUUUCUUCUCCUUGUAUAAUGCCAUGUCUGUAUGGAGCUUGAUCAGUAGUCACUAUGUCUAGAGAGCAUAUUUGCUUACCUCUGUGUUGGAAUGAUUAUUCCAAAAGGGUGUGGUUGGCAAAGGUUAAAUGGAUCAAUCAAGCACAAUUUUUUUAGGCUGUGUGAAAGUCUCUAUGAUCAAUAUUAAAAUAUAUGUAUGCUCCUUCAGACUGCUGCACAUGGAAAUGAAAUAACCCUUCUGUACUGGACUCCUCCCAACCUUCCUUCCUACAAAUCUCCUUUUUCAGUCAUCAUAUGUCUGGUAGUUUACGCUCAAGCCCAUUAAAUCAAGGUACUAAACAUUGGGGAUUGUGUUGCUGCAUAGUACAGUUGGCCCUAAUAUCAAUCCGUGUGUCAGCUUCUCUGUCCCAGGCCUGCUAGCUGUGGCUAUUUGUCACUUCCCCUGAAAAUUCCCAUCCCUCCCUGCCUUGCAAACACCAGCUGGCAAAGGCAGCAUAUUAUUGUUGAGAAUUUUUGGUUAGUGAUUAUGAUACUGAGUCGAAAAAGGCAAUUUUCUCUUACCCCAAAAAAAGCGCUAAAUUCUUUAGGUGUUGCAAUACGUAGUUUGGCCAGCAGAGGGAAGGUUGAUAAUUCAGAGACAUUCAUUCAUUGAGAUAAGCCUAUACAAUGUAUUUCUGGAGGGUUAGCUACUACUUUAUUGCCAGCUGCUGUAUCCCCAGAAUGCAAGACCCUUGUUCUCCACCUGAAAAAAAAAAAAAAAGUUAAAUGAAUAAGGACAACAAAAAAAGCAGCCCUAAGUCUAAUUUAUGUGAAUCAUUGCUUCCUUGUCAAAUAGCCUGGUUAAAAUGAAAUGUCUAAUGUCUGUAUGGGAGAGCAGUUCCAUAUACUCUCCUCUUUUCAUUCUCCUUGCAGUCCUCAAACUUAUUGUUCCUCCUCUUUCCUCACUGGUGUGUUCUGUGUCUCACUUGCCAGCAAUAUGUAAUAACUAGAUGGGAGGAGGCGUUUUCUCAGAAAUGGAAGUUUUGGGGUGCCAAGAUAUUACUAAAAUCUGUGGUAAUGGCAAAAUAGUUAAUUCUGAGCAUUAAUGUUCCUUAGCUUGUAUGUUUCUGGGAACUUGUGUAAGAGGAUGUGAGGGGAAUUCUCAAUUACUCAUUUCCUUCUCUCUUAUGCCAAAAACAGACUAGAGCAGUGAAAGGUCCAGUUCCCUUAUUUUGUAUGUGUUCCUGGUGCAGAAACAGUAACGCAUCCAGUGCUGAGUGGAUUCUCUUUUUUAAACUAUACUUUGUUUGUUUCAAGAAAUUGGCCAGUCAGUUUAAAGAGCCAUUUUUAUUUUGUCAUCUUGUUUGAAAUAAACUUUUCAUUAAUAUGUA